CAGGGAAAAGAUCAAGGCAAAAUGAUUGAGAAGCCAAUUACUAAAUGUGAUGCUGGUAUCCAGACGGAAGUUCACCCAAUUGAAUCAAACAUCGUCAAGUCCUACGAAUGGAAUGAGUGGGAGUUAAGGAGAAAAGCUAUCAAACUGGCAAACUUACGGAAUAAGGUGACUCACUCAGUUCAGACGAACCUUAGCAACCUACGGCGGGACAAUGUGUCGCAGGUCUACCUACCAAAGGAUACUGGAUCUCAGACAAAGCAAAGCAGCGGCACAAAUGUUCCACGCCCUCAGACGUUUCUUGCUGGUCUUCGCGGAGGAAUGCGUAAAACCACUGUUAUGACCAAAGUUGACCUAACACAAGAUGUUGACCAGACUUAGCACAUUUUUGCAUCUUAAUAUAUGAUUCUGAGAGAUGUAUUGUCAAGAAUUUAAAAAUAUAAAGUGAAGGAAUCCUUUAGCAUGACAUGAAUUAGAUAAUUACAUUGUGUUUCUUUUUAAAUUUAAUCGUAUACAAUAGUGAAUACUGUUAUGUAUUGCUUUUGUGGAAAUAAACGACAUUGAAUGUUAAU